AUGCCACUUCGUGGACACACUGAAGAAAAAAGUAACUUUAUUGCAACAGUAAAGACAAUUGCUAAAUCGGAUGAAGUGUUAGCUAUGCAUCUUGAGACUGCAACGUUAGUUAAAUAUACUUCCCCGGAUAUCCAAAAUGAAUUGAUCGACAUAUGUGCUGAUCAAAUACUAGACCAACUUAAAGAAUCGUGUAGUAACUCACCAUGUCUUGCUAUACUUGCUGAUGAAACAACAGAUAAAGCAACUCAAACUCAACUAUCAGUAUGUUUUAGAUUCACAGAAACUAUUGACAAUGAAGUUAAUGUCCGUGGAUUAUUUUUAGGAUUCAUGCACGCCAAAGCUACAACUGGAGAAGCAAUUGCAAAUCUCCUACUUGAAUUUAUGAAUAAACAUGGUAUAUGUCUACAAAAGCUGAGAGCACAGGGAUAUGGUGGGGCAAGUAAUAUGUCAGGUAGACAUAAUGGUGUCCAAGCACUUACUCGUAACCACGCACCUGAUGCAGUUUAUGUGCACUGCAAAGCACAUUGUUUGAAUUUAGCAAUCGUCCAUAGCUGUAAAGAGCCUGUGGUCAGAACAAUGAUGGCAACAGUCCAGGAGAUAGCCUUUGCAUUUGAAUACUCCGCAAAAAGGUUAAAGGCCUUUUCUGAGGAACUCACUGGGAAUGCGGUUGUAAGGGAGGCAGUGGAUAAACAAACAAAAUUGAAGAAGCUGUGUGAAACAAGAUGGUUUAGCAGAUCUGAUGCUCUUACAACAUUCAAACACGCUUUUCCAGUAGUGGUUGAUUCAUUGGAGCAUCUUCGGAAUAACCGUGAUGAUAAAGCUUGGAUGUUUAGAGCUGCUAUUCUCCGGUUUGAUUUUAUCGUGUGCUUAGUUGUCUGUCAGCAUAUCCUCAACUGUUCAUCUGUCAUAUUUUCUACAGGAUAUAUCUUGUGA